UAAUAGUCAUAUUCAAAAAAAGGGGUCGACACUCACUCUUGACAUAAAAUUAAUUAUUCCGGUAUACUUAAAUUUACAAAAAUAAAUUGACAUCAUGAAGUUUGGUAAUUUGUCAUCAAAUCAUUUUUGUUCUCUAAAUGUGAAUUAUUUAUUAAUUUUUGAAAUGACACUGACGACCAUUUUUUUUUUAAUUUGAUUGUACCUACUUAUGUAAGUUUUACUACAAGAAACGUCAAAGCGAAUAAGUUAAGGACUAAUAUGUACUUCGUCAUAGCUCAUGGUACCGUUAUUGUCAAUGACAAGACAAGAUACUAAUGAUUCUGUGUCAAUUAAUUCUUACUGACACUGAAAAAUGUUGACAAUUUAAUAGUCUGUUAUACAUCGAUUAAAUUUUAGAUGUAUUUAGAUAUACCAGUUUUAUUUGUCCAUCGACCAUAAUAAAAAAAAUAACGCUUGCUGAUUGUUAUAACGCUGAAUUUACUCAGUAUUGCAUUUAGCAAGAAUAUCAUUCGCGGUUAAUAAUGUUUGAGUACAAUAAACUCAUAUCAGUCCACAAUUGGAGGCACCACCAUUGGAUAUUUAGUUGUCAUGACUACUCCAACGAACACAAAUGUGACCCCCAAAAUAUUUACCGUUUUACGUGCAGCAUUCGUCUGAAGAAGCCUCAGAAAUGGAAGACGAAAAUUCAUGGGUCUUUGACUCGUUGGUAGCUUUUUUAAAUGGACCUAUCUGGAGCGCCCCAUUGGAUAGUUUUAUUGAAGAAAAAUCCCUGAUUUUCGAACCUAAUGUUACCGACAAUGAGGAAUAUAAGAAUAUUUUUGACGAGUUUAAGAAUUUGGUAGAUUUUAUGUUAGGCAGCUUCAUGGAAGACAUCGGAAUCACUCCUGAUCAGUUUGAAGAAGCAUGUAAUAAAGGUUACACAUAUCACGUCAGUUUCAAUAAGAAUAUUUUUGAACAAAUCUGGGCCGCAAACGACUAUGAAAUGUUCAAGCGAAUGAUGACACAAAGAAAUGUUGAAUUGCAAUUAGAAGCAUUGGAACUGAUCGAGAGGAAAUAUGGAAUCACACCACAGUCGUUUCUUCCCAAGAAAAAGGAUGAUAAAGUUGAAACUGCGGUCACAAUCGAAAAGUCCUCAGAUUUUGAAAAGGAAAUUCUAAAUGAAGUUGCAAAAAAUUUUCCAAAAGAAGAAGCCUCAUCUUCAAAACCCGUAGAAGAGGUUCAGUAUAUUUUAGAAGAGAAAGAAAUCCUCGAAAAAGCUUUAAAAAAGACAAAAGAAUUGAAGGUGAUCGAGGAAAAAGUUGAUGUCAUAAAAACGGAAACGAAGGCUGAAAUAAAUUACGACAGAAAGCAAACUGAGAUAAACCCUGUCGAAUUACAAAAACGUCAAGAGUAUCUUCGAGCCCAACGUGACAAGUUGGUAGCCCUGAAAAAAGAGGCUCGAAAGAAACAUUUGGGUUCUGAGAACGGCACGGACGUUAAGACCAAGAUUCGGCCAAAGUCGGCUAAGGCUGCUGAAGCCGUUCUUUCGGGCGAGAAGCCCGAGUCUCAGCAACUGCAGCUGCGUAAGGCGCUAGCCGAGCGUUUGAAAACAGAGGUCGUGUCAAACAAAAUCUAACUUUCUGCUUAUAUUUAUUACCUAAAUAUAACGAGUACAUUUUUACAUAUCUUUUUAAAAACAUUAAUUACAAAUUAAAAUGAUAAAUAGAAAAUGGCCUUUUAGAACUGUAUAAAAAAUAUCAUAAGGCUGCCAUUUGUAAAAGGCUGGGAGUUGCACUUAGAUGCAGCUUCCAGUAACAGGUAUGGUGAUAUAUUCGCUCCGUUGUACGUUGCUUUGGAUGUUUGUCUUAUUUAUACUACAGCUAAAUCUAUGAGAUGUUGAGUCGAGCGAAUAUAUCGAAUUAAAUUAUAAUAUGUACAGAGACGUUUCAUGUAAUAUCCACAUUACAAAAUGAGGGCGUUUGGUAUUUCCAACCAUUUUCUAUGUAAAAUACUGAUCGAUAAAUUAAACUAGGUUUUAAAUCAUUAAGUAAUGUAGAUUAAGAAAUUAAAAUGGACAAAAUAAAAUCUUUU